GAUUACAGGCGUGAGCCACCAUGCCGGGCUAUAAAUUUUUAUAAUUUAAGUUUUUAUUGUUCCCUGGCUAAUUUUCACAAGACCAAUCUUUAUAUUCAUCAGAUAACAAUGGCUAUUUUAGAGAAAUUAUUCCUGCCCUCAGUGCAAAGAGUAAGCUUCUGGCUUAUCAUGAUAUUCACUUUAUUCUAGAUGAGUACAGUAUGUCCCCAGACAUCUGACAAACACCAGUUGUCAGAAAGGGGGAAACACUCCACAUGAGUUAGGAGCCAGACCUCUGCUGAAAUUUCAUUCAUUUUAUACAGAGGCAAGCUAGAAGAAAAACGGCAGACUCUGUCCUCAAUACAUUUUUAUUAACUGAGUCAAAUCUUACAGGCUGGACUGCAAGGUAUUUUGGUGGAAGAAUUUCUCCAAUGCCUUUAUUAUUUUAGGCAGCCUAGAAGAAAAAUGCAAAACAACUUCUUAGACAUUCCAGAUACUCUUUUUCUUGGUAUUAGACAAUAACUCUUAUUUUUAGAAACUACAGUACAGUUAAUCACCUAUCAUUUGUUCAGUUUUUCUCCUUUUUAUAGAGUGUCUAAGACACUUCUCAAUUUCUUUCAGUUGUUAUUAGGUCAUUCUCCUUAGACUUAGCUUUUAUGUCCAACACAAGGGAGGAACUUUGUCUUUAAGGAAAAAUUCAAUUAACUUCUCAAACACAAGUAAGAAAUCAUUACUCUUUUACUUGCUGUUUGAUACACUUGCUAUUAGCACUUACUUUCUGUGGGAAUGUCCAAAGAAUGCAUUUCCUUGAGUAGAAGUCACAGCUGUGUAAAUAGCAAAAAGUAAGUUUUCAUCCCAUAGUUGUUUUUUUUUUUUUUAACCAAAUUUAGCUAACAGGCCAAAACCAGAUAAAGCUCCAAAUGUUUCCGUUUCCGGGUGGUGUCUGGAGGCCUGUGGGUGAGCUUCGUACUGGCCAUCAAUCUUUGCAAGGCUGCACUGUUGUGGCAAGUGCAGUGUUGUUCUACUAGCACAGCCAGGUGUUUCAGUCUGUGGUUUAAGGUGUUCUCUUGCUUUUACCUGGGUGAUAGUUACAAUUUGGCAACGGCAAUAACAUUUGUCCUUUGUCCAAAAGCCUUUGUCCUUUUAGUGAUAUUUUCAUCCCAAGUUGUAAGUAUUUUAGGUUUUAUGGGCUGUGAAGCAUAAUCAAGGAUGUUAUAAGGUGUAGGUAUUGGUGUCUGGAGGUUCGGUGCGGGACCCUUAAGGACACCAAGAACCGUGCACAUUCAAGUCCCUGAUGUAAAAUGCCGUAAUAGUUGCUUAUGACCUUCAUGCAUCGUCUGUGGACUCUAAACCAUCCCUAGAGUACUUACAAUACCUAAUAUAGUUUAAGGACUAUGUAACUGGUUGUUAUGUUUUCUUAAUUUGUAUUUUUAAUUGUCAUCUUGUUAUUUUUUAUUGUUUUUGCCCUGAAUAUUUUCCAUCUGUGGUUUGUUGAAUCUGUGGAUGCAGAAUCCACAGAUAUGAAGGGCUGUCUGUACUUAAGACCGUUUGAGACAUUACAUUUAAGAAAUGUAACUCUGUUGUGGCUCAUGGGCCAUGCACAAACAGGCCACAUGUGUGCCAGCCCUUCUGCAGACGGUCACACCACCGUUAACAGAAAGAACCCUGCUUUCUCUUCUCUCUCACAGCCCCAUGGCCGGAGGUUACGGAGUGAUGGGAGACGAUGGCUCUAUUGAUUACACUGUUCACGAAGCCUGGAACGAAGCCACCAAUGUUUAUUUGAUAGUUAUCCUCGUUAGCUUCGGGCUCUUUAUGUAUGCCAAGAGGAAUAAAAGGAAAAUUAUGAGGAUAUUCAGUGUGCCACCUACAGAAGAAACUUCGUCAGAGCCCAACUUUUACGACACAAUCAGCAAAAUUCGUUUAAGACAACAACUGGAAAUGUAUUCCCUUUCAAGGAAAUAUGACUGUCAACAGCCACAGAACCAAGCUGACAGUGUGCAGCUCUCCUUGGAAUGAAGCCCCAGAAAAUGAGCAACGUAAGUGAUUGUUGUUAAACAGCGUGGCAGAAGCUCCUAAUUCUUUCUACUAAGUCAUGAACAGCAUUGUAAAAAAAAAAACUUCAGCCUGCAUAAAAGCAUUUCACUUGUGACUUUUUCCAAGUUUUUUGCAUUAUAUUUUGCUUAUUUUAAUUGCAUCUCUAAGUCAUUUGUUACACAGAUACAAAUGGCUUGAGAGGUCUGAACACAGGAACCAGAGACAGUGACUUUACCUGGUGAAGACCUUUGAUUUCUUCAGGAUAUAAUCAGUGAGAAACAGAAACACAGCUUGGGAAAUGAGAAUCCGGGAGCUUAUGCCUCUUUGAUGAGAAAAUUUUGCAAAAUUAAAAAAACAAAAAUUCAACCAUUGGAAUAACUUCCUCCAAGAUUCUGUUCUGUGAUAACUGUAAUGUCAAUACAGGCGAAUUUGUGUUAUUACUAUUGCUAGCAAGUCUUUAAUUGAAUUAAUGGUUUUUGCUUGUAGCCUGUCUAUUCUACAUCGUGAAGCAUACCCAUCUGCUAAUUUUAGAAGCUUUCUGUAACUGCAUUUUUCCCCCCAUUAAUUAUGUUCCCAGGAGUUUGUUUGUUUUUAAUCUCCCAGUUUCACUUCCACCAGAUGGCUCCUCCUUAGGCCAUGCUGGGGCCAUGCUGUUGGGUGAGCAGACACCUCCGUGUUGGAGCUGGCAGCUCUUGCUCAUAUCACCAUCACUGUUUCAUGUGGCUGUCUGCUAAAUCCUGCUUUUUUAGCAUAAUAAGCUUUCCUAAAGAGCCUUAUAUCUUAUCCCAUUUUGUACUGUACACAAAUGUUUUCUCCUAAUUUUUCAUGUUUAUUUAAAUAAAAGCUUGCAGGUGGUGGUAGGAAAGUUUAACUGUCCAUGUAGCUCAAAGAAUCAGUUUUUGAAAUAAAGCUAUUCUUAACUGUAA